GACUUCUACAAAAACAUUGAAAGUGCUGUAAAAGACAUUCAAACAAUGCUGGAUUCAAAGGUAGCGGCACGUUGGUACCAACUGGGGAUUACCCUGGGUGCCCGAGUGAGUGACUUGGAGAUGAUUCGGCUGGAGAAACAACCUGCCCUGGACUGUGAGAGGAUGAUGCUUCAGGAAUGGCUGAGAAACUGUGACAACACCACCUGGCAACGGCUAGUUGAUUCAGUUGGACAUGUAGCUGGUGGAAACCACCAGCGACUGGCCAGGACUCUGUCAGAGAAUAAACAUACCUAGCUAGUUGUAUAUACUGCAUGCAGUGUCUUUUUAUACAACACCAUUCAUGAUUUGAAAAUUCGUGGGGUUUUUGGUAAACCUAUCCAGGGCUGUUGGUAAGUGUGGAAUUUACAAAACGUAUAUAUGAAUAAUGGAAUUUCCGGGAUCGGAUGUUGACAAAGAGAGUCUGAACAGUGGUCGUUAAAGCAGUUUGCAGUCGCUGAGCGCCAUGGGUAAGUUUAUUGCAAGGCCUCGCGACGUUCUGCGCAGGCGGGCGCGGCGGGCGGCCUUCAUGUUCAGGGCAGGGCAGGUGACUGGCUACGGCCUGUUUGUCUUCAGCCAGAUCUAAAGGAGAUCAAGUAUUGGACGAAAUACUCAAGAAAGUUAGUGACGAAGACGAGGAGACUUUGAGCUUGAUGAUAGUGCACUGCCCUAUCUGUACCGUGUCAUCUACUCUUUAUCACCCAAGUGGCAUGGAUUUCUGCUUACAAUUGGAUGUUCCAGAUCUAGACCAAAUAAAGAAAAAUGGAACCGUUGCUGAUGAUUGCUUAGUAAUCGCUCUCCAGAGCUGGUUGAAGGAAGGUACUGCGACAUGGAGGAACCUCAUCGGGCUAUUUUCCUACCAGCUGGUGGAGGAAAUCAGGUGUUAGCUAUAAAGAUCGCCAGCUCGUUCAAAGAAAUCCGAUGCUCCAAACCAAUUGAACAGGCUCAAUCUGCUAGCAAAGCUGUCAUUUGGGAUCAGAGUAGUGAAACAACUGUACAGAAUGUGGUAAAAGAGAUCCAAGCAGUGCUGGGCAACACUGUGACAGCUCGCUGGUAUCAGAUGGGCACAGUCCUGGGUGCUCCAGUCGGUGAUCUGGAGGGCAUUCGGGUGGAUCAAAAUGCCUCCCUCAUUGACAAGCAACGUAUGAUGCUGGAAGCAUGGCUAUUGUCCAUUGAAAGCAGUGAUGACAGUAACAAGACAUGGCAGUGGCUCGUGGAUUCUAUUGGCCAUCCUGCUGGAGGGAAACAUCCGAAAAUGGCCUCAAAAAUGGCCAAACUUCAUCCAGCCGAGAUUGUUUCAUCUGAUCAACCGCCAGUAACUGCUCACCAAAACCCAGCUGGACCCAAAAGUGUUGUUUCAGAAAAAGUACAAAGAAGUAUGCGACCAAAUAUGGUGAAGCUGCUGAGUUUUCCGACUUCCGAGGGUUACAAGAACCUAGCUGAACAGAUUGGAGGGAAAUACAGGGUCUUUGGAACCAUUAUUCUCAAUGAUGAGUCACACGCCAUCAUGGACGGGCUAGAAAUUACUCACAACAGUCGAGCUGAGGCCAUAACUGAGGCUGUGUUCACAAAGUGGGUCAACAGUGAGAAGACACCAGUGACAUGGGACAACCUUUUGUCAACAUUGCGGCGUUCAGGCUUGGAGAGACUUGCUACACUUGUAGAGAGUGGACUGAUAUGAUUCUGGUUUUGUAUAAUACUUCGUUUAUAUAUACACCUACACCACAUCCAUUUUAUGCUAAGGC